AUGUCGGUGUGGUUUUUCUACGCCGCCUUUCCGUUUCUGUCGCCCUCGCACAAGGAGGCGCAGCAACGGCGCCUCAAGGUCGGGGCCGGACCGGCGGCCGCCGCCCCGUGUUCGGCCCCUCCUCCGCCGCGCAGGCCAUCGGAUCCGCCGCCGUCGGCCCCAAUCGUCGUCCUUCUCGGCCGCGGCACCGUCCCCUCCCGUGGAAGACCUACGCCGCCCAAGGUUGGGUGCCCCAUUUUCAGCCACCUCCGCCUGCCUUCAUCCGGUGCGCAGGCCGGCCUCCUGCCUUCCCCCGCUGCACGUUCUGCGCCAGGCUUCUGCGGGAUCCAGCGUCCCGCCGCGCAUCCCUCCCCGGCCGCCGUCCGCCAUCCUUCCUUGCCGCGGCCACCGUCCGGCCACAUCCGCCCUGCCGCCCCGUUUCCCGAGCGCGGCCACCUCCGGGCUCCGCCUCUUCGCCUCACACCUCCUCCCCAGUGCAUCCCGAUUCAUUCACGCUGCCGUCGGCCUCCUCGACGCCUGCACUACCUCCACGUCGAGAACCUGCACCUCUUCCUCCUCGUCGAGGAGCUCGUGGUCGCCGAGCAGAGCAAUCUGGCGUCCGCGGUGGCUCUGGCACCGCCGCUGAAGCCCGUGCAAGCUGAAGCAGCAUCCGGAUGCGCCCCGAAGAGCAUCUCCAUACGCUCGAAGUGCUUCAUCUCGCCACAGCAGCCACUGCGCGAGAUCCAACCACAGCGCGUCCCUGGCGAAGGAGGACACAGGGGGCAAGGAGAAAGAUGACGGGGAGGUGGAGAGGGCAUGGUGCUAUGAAGACGGAGCUGUGCAACAAGUGGGAAUUGCUAUGAGGAUGACGCGAACACGUGUGAGGCCUAUGAAGUUGAAGACAAUGUGAACAUAAAUGCGGUCCGCGAUGAAAUUGCAUAUGCAUGAUUUUUGGCACAAAGGCAUGUGUGUGUGAAUUUAUGUAUGCUGACAGAUGUUUUUUUUGGCACAAAGGCACAAAGUUAUGUAUGCUGUGUUGGAAUGUUUGCGGACAUGUUUAUGUGAACUUAUCAAUUUCACAUUUCAGGUACACAUAGGUGUGUGCAUGUAGUAUUUAUUGACUUUCUAUGAACUUGGUUUUACCAAACAUAUGGAAAUGUUUUCAUGAAUUUUUUUUCA